AUGGAGUAUCGAUUCCUCAUACGUAUACAACUUUUUGUAAGUGAUUUACCAGCAAGGGCUCUAAUGUUCAAGACUACUCACUUUAAUGGUUAUUAUGCAUGCCAUUAUUGCGUAACUAAAGGACAUUGGAGUGGAUCAUCAGUAAUAUAUCCAUAUGAUAAAAAUAAUCUUGAAUUACGAACACAUGUGGGAUUUACUGCUGCUGCAAACGAAGCCAAACAGAAAUCAACGAACAAACGCACACCAAAUAUACAAGGUGUUAAAGGUUUUUCAUGCCUAUUGAAAAUUAUUUCAUAUCCACGACAAAUAGUGCUCGAUUAUAUGCAUUUGGUAUGUUUAGGACAUGUACAAAGUUUAAUAAAACGCUGGUGUCAGUUACUAAGUUCAGUUGAUAUUAUGAAAAUGGACAAUAUGUUAUCCAUAGCCCGUUUUCCACACAAUGUUCAUGUUAUAUAUAACGAAUCAAUUUUAAAUGUUGAAUCAUGGAAAGCAAAACACGGGAGGUUGUUUGUAUUGAAUUUAGGAAUACCUAUUGGUAUUUCCUGUUUACCAGUCUUGAAUUCAUCUCAUUGGAUAAUUUAUUGUUUAUUAGUCAAAUUAUUACAUACACCAGAAUCAUCAGAUGACAUUGAUUUUGCGGAUAUGUUGAUCAAUUACUAUUGUCGUACGAUUGCCAAUGUUUACGAUGAGUCUUUAGAGCUGUAUUCAUUGCACGCACAUUUACAUUUACCCUCACAAGUACGUUUACAUGGUGGUUUAUCUACGUCUUCGGCAUUUGCAUUUGAGUCUUGUAUCCGAUAUUUAAAAACAAAAGUACAUGGUACAAAGCAUUUGGCUUCUCAAAUUGCAUAUUGGUAUGAUAUACAAUCGAUUGUCAACCAGAGAAAAGCUGAAACAACAACAUCAUAUGGAGUUAACGAAAUUAAUCUACAAAACGAAUGCAUUAGUGAUUAUCGUGAUCAUCUUGUUUAUCUUAUUCAGGUGUAUGAUCAAGACUUGAAACAAAUUGCAUUUUUUCGGCGCUUCAAACAAUCAUUUAACACGUUCCAUACAUUAAUCUAUGAUAAACCAUAUCGAUGUCGAAGCUAUAUUAUUUCUUAUAGUAUUAAAGGUGAUGAUCCUGUUAUUCAGUAUGGUAAUAUAAUCUUAUUUUAUAAAUAUAAUAAUAACUAUUUUGCAUUCAUACAAAAGUACCGUUGCUCAAGAAAACAGUUGUCACAAUUUGUAGAAUUACCUAUAGAAAUAUGUAAUAAAUUGAAUGAAAUGUAUCCUUUACUUGAACUUACAAAUGAGUAUGACAUUAUUCGUGCUGACGUGAUUCGUCAUAAAUGUGUGAUGGUGAAUUUUCAAGAUGUUUAUUGUUUAUCAGAAUUAAAAAUGGACUUUGAACAUGACUAG